AUGCCCAAGGUCAGACACCACCGGUCCUCGCGCCGUGUACCGCCGCCCAAGGACAGCGACUUUGACCAUGAGAUCAGCCUUGUCGAUCGAGACGAGGAAGAGAGCCCCAUCCAAGCGCCCUCGUCCGGCCCAUCGACUGCCGCUCCGCGCGAAGGUUUAACACCCGAUGGCGACGGACAGCCGACCGAUUGGAUUGAUGGGGAGGAUGGACUUGGGAGAGGGUUGACGGAGCCGAGAGAUGGUGGCCAGCCCUCCGUCGUGGUUCAGGAACCUACACCGCAGGUAGAAUUAGACGACCCUGUAGCCGUCACAAGGGCCGCACGAGAUCACUGUAAACCCAAAACGAGGCUUAAGACACCUGAGUCGGCCAUUGACAUCCUCUACGAGAAUCAGCGGGGUGGUUUUCUUUGCGGAAUCCCGCUGUUCUCCUCGAUGGCCCUCGGCAACCUCGACCCGCCGGCCUGGACCAACUUCGUCCACCGACCCAGUCCAACCGACAUACAUACCGCGCAGGUACCUGAUCCCAGCUGGGAGUGGGCUUGGCCAGAGUGGCGUAUUAAUCAUGACGACGGCGUGGACGACGACGGCUGGGAAUACUCGUUUGCCUUUUCUAAGAAGUUCGCAUGGCACAGUGCUCGGUGGUGGAAUUCCUUUGUCCGACGGCGGGCGUGGAUCAGAAAACGGGUGAAGAAAGACAGCGGCUACCUCGCACAGGAUCCGCACGGGCUCACCCCGGAGUACUUUACCAUUCGACCAUCUAUCGAGAGAGACCCCGAUCGCAGCUCUAGCCGGGCUAGUAGGACUAGCAGAACCAGCAGCGUCCGUGACAACCGACUGAGUACGGGUACGCUCAACAUAGAUGGCGUGGAACCGCCGGUGAUCGAACAUGCCGACGUCCUACUCCAAGUGCUGCGUGCCUCUCGUAUAGAUAGGGAGAGGAUUGAGGCCGUUGACAGCUACCUUGCCCAUGCACAAGAUGAUUUGGAGGGCCUGCAGUACAUCAUGCAUGAUAUCAUGGCUCUAUUUGUGUUCCAGGCAUCGAGACGGGUGCUUCUCAGCAAACUGACUGCUGCCCACGACAACAGAGCCGCCGCGAAGGGAAAAGACAAAGACCUCGGCCUAGGACAGCUAGACAAGCAGGCGGAGAACCUGGCUGCCGCGGUAAAACAUGCCGACGAAGAGGUGCGGAGGCUAGAGUACUGGAGCGACGUCAAAGGGAUAGCCCGACAGGGCGAGUCGAAGGGGGCUGUGGACGAGAGCCAGGGUUGGGAUCCGGCGUGGAGAGGUGUAGAUAACUCGGGGCCGUCGGUGCCUCCUCCUGUACCACCUCAGGAUGGUGGGGCUACGAAUGGGUACACAAAAAAUGUGGCGGAAGAAAGAGAUGGUGGAACGGAAAAGACGGCUUGA